AGUCAUGGCGACAGUGGUCCAACCUCUCUCUCUGGAUCGAGAUGUUGCCCGGGCUAUCGAGCUGCUGGAGAAGCUGCAGGAGUCGGGUGACGUGCCCGGUCACAAGCUCCAGUCUCUGAAGAAAGUCCUUCAGAGUGAGUUCUGCACAGCCAUCCGAGAGGUGUACCAGUACAUGCAUGAAACCAUUACAGUGAAUGGCUGUCCAGAAUACCAGGCGAGGGCCACAGCCAAGGCAACAGUUGCAGCUUUCGCAGCCAGCGAAGGUCACUCCCACCCGCGAGUGGUGGAGCUGCCCAAGACGGAGGAAGGGCUGGGCUUCAACGUGAUGGGCGGCAAGGAGCAGAACUCACCUAUCUACAUCUCCCGCAUCAUCCCCGGAGGCGUGGCCGAGAGGCACGGCGGCCUAAAGCGAGGGGAUCAGCUCCUGUCCGUCAACGGUGUGAGCGUUGAAGGCGAGCACCACGAGAAAGCGGUGGAGCUGCUGAAGGCGGCCAAGGACAGUGUGAAGCUGGUGGUCCGCUACACCCCCAAAGUGCUGGAGGAGAUGGAGGCCCGCUUUGAGAAGCUCCGCACGGCCCGGCGGCGCCAGCAGCAGCAGAUCCUCAUGCAGCAGCAGCAACAGCAGAAUGUGGCCUCUCAGCAGAACCACAUGUCGUAGGUUGUUCCAAAAGAAGAAGUGAAGGAAAAGUGGAUCUCAAAGACCAUCUGUUUGCGCCGAGGAUCCAAAAAGGAAGCUCUCCGUCGUGGAGGAAACCAACAAGUAGAAGACUCUUUUUACUUCCUCUCUCCCUUCCAGUGUUCCACCGAUUACUGAGCAAAAACAAAGAGCGUUUGUUCGUCCUGAAACUGGUGCUCUGAGAAACAAGUAUGAGGGGAGGCUAGCUCUGAGAGUCGUCCAUUUUAACUUUGUAUUCCUCUUUUUAUGAGUUGUUCUCCCCGGUUGUUAGUCUCCCUUUUCUUGUGUUUGUUGUAUUCGUUUACAGUCAUCCACUUUCGAUUGCUUACCUGAACAUCCAUUACACCGUGGCACCUUUUUUGCCAUUUGUACAGUGGUGUUUCUAUUGAUUCUUCAACUGGUGCUCGUGUUUCUGUACGAAUGACCAUCGGUUUAUUUUAUUUGUUGUCAAACUUGUCCCAUUUUGGAUGAAACGUGAACUCUUUUUUACCUUCUAUAUUGUAGCAGGAACGAUUUUGUAUCUUGUAGGUUUAGCAAUAAGACACAAUCUUCAGCUUUCACAUCUCACCACUAAAGUCGCGAUCGGAUACGUGCGUAAAUACAGAGUCUAUGGGUGCACAUGUAAAUCGUUGUAAAAGCAAACUGGGUCUUAUGUAAUGUAAGGCAGCUUCUGUGUCCAAAUCUAUCCUCUGUGCCAUUUAAAGAGAUUAUUGAUUUAAACGUGGCAUGGAUAAUUAAUGUGCAAUAACUGCGACUUUUACUCCCAACUGAGAUUUAUCUAGAAAAUACAUUUUACCAUGAGAUUUUAUCGAGGUUCAAGUCAACCCUCAGAAAUGUCCUGUUUCCGACAGACAAACAGAAUGUCAUUAAAAUAUUUUCAUUUGAGUGGGAAUUAAUUAAAAACAUAUGCUAGAAAUAUUUUUCAGACCUGUCUAUACUAUAGUUUAUGAGAUCAGAGAUUUAACAUAGAGUUUUAUUGUUCCUUUUAAGUAUUAUGUGUUCUUUCUGAUACGUGCAGAUUAUUAUUUAUGAUCUAUUCCUUGUAUAACAGCUGAAUGUUAGCACAUAGUUCAUGUCGAUUUGUUGUUUCUGUUCAGACAAUCAUCUUUUACUCCGUACCUGUAAGGGAAAUCUGUUUUUAAACUUAGAGUUAGAGUGGUAACUUCUGUCGCCUCCAUCUUUGGUGCUAAGCGCUCCUUGUUGUGUUUAGUUUUUUUGCAAUACACUUCCCAGAGAUCAAUGCGUUGUCGAUUUUUGUGUCUGAUACCUUCUUGGGUUUUUCUGUAUUUUUUUGUUUUCUGUAGGUUGCGCUCUUUAAUUUGAUUAUUCAACCAUGCAGGCUUUACCUCUUUUUCUUCUUCUAUUUACCGUGAACAAAUUCAAAACAUUAAACGCAUCACUUCCUGUAUGCCAGAGGAUUUUAUUUCAGUUCUGCUGUCUGAAAAGCUGUCACGAAGUUGCAUUUGUCAUGAAAAUGUGGCUCAUUAGUCUUUGUUGACAGAAAGUGAUCAUUUCCAUCUUUUCUGAUCUACAUCUAAAUGCACAAGUCCAGCAGAGUAAAAUAAUUUUUCAUGCGUACUAUGUUCUUGCUGUCAGAUAUUACCAUUCCAUACGCAGCCUGUUAGCACUAAGGUGACUUUUACUAUUAGGUCACCUCUGGGCUCAGGUUUUAAAGGACAUUCACUCACUCACCCAGAAGAACAUCUCAAACAGAUCCCUUUUUGUAUCUUUAAAUCACAGGUACUCUUUCUUAAUUGACUUACAUUUUUGAAGCUGAUGGUCCUGUACUUACCGUAAAGAUAAAAAAAAGAACAACAAACUGUUGAUAUGCAAUUGUUAUACAUACUAUAUUUGUAUAA